AUUUCUCAUCGUUCAACUGCAAAAUUCAUCACUGCCUGAUUCAACAAAAAUCCGAACAUGUCUAUACUCAUUCGAACAAUUCAAAGAGCUCAUAGAUUGAAACAAAAUUUUCCUUCACGUAGAGUGAGUAACACUCUCUCUCAAACAUUAGGUUUCGCUAACAGAAGUCACUCUACAAAAUCAGUAACAAAAUCACCCUUUGAAACCAACAUUUUGCGAAUACUUCGAAACGAGAUCGAGUAUCAAGCUGAAUACGCCCCUCCACACCAGCCUGUGACUGAAUUCAAUUCUUUUGUUGUUGAAGACCGACCUGGUGAGCAGGUUGUUACGAUUAGGGGGAAAUUUGGGGAUAAUGAAGAUAUUAAAAUUGAAGCUACAAUGUUUGAUGGGUUUCAGCAUGUGCCUGCUUUUGGAGAUGAUAGUUCUGGGGUGAAUGUGAGGCUUCACCUCAGUUUGAUUGUGGAUAUAUCGAAAGGGGAAGAUGGGAAUGAGUUGGAAUUUAUAUGCUCGGCGUGGCCGGAUGGUUUGGAUGUUGAGAAAGUUUUCAUAUUAAAGCGUGGGCAGAUGUCAACUAAGCCUUACCUUGGACCUGAUUUCAGGAACUUGAAACCCGAGAUUCAGGAGAUGUUUUGUGAGUACUUGGAUGCUAGGGGAGUAAAUAAUGAACUCUCUACAUUCUUACACGAGUACAUGAUGAACAAGGAUAGAAUUGAACUUCUAAGGUGGAUGGAUCGUCUCAAGUCUUUUGUUGAAAAAUAGACCGGUAAGUUUGGCUUAAAAAAACUGAUGUAAACACAAGUUUUGCCAUUGUAGGAAUUAGUUUCUCUAAUAGAAACCUAUUUGUUUUGUAGUAUUAGCCUCAGUUUAUUUAUUCGAUUGCAAUGUUCCUUAAGAAUGUUAAGCAUCAGGAGGCAAGAUCAGUAAAUAAUGAACUCCCUGUUUUCAUACAUGGUUAUAUGAUCAAUGAGUGAUAAACGAUGACAGAGUUGAACAUCUUUGGUAGGAUUUGCAUUCGCUACACAGGUUAGGUUACUUCCAUAUGUAGUGCCCGUUUGGAGCCACAGCAAGAAAGCUACUAAGUCCGACUACUCGAAAGCUUUAGUUUGUCGCUUUACAGAAUUCAUGGUUGUAUAGGUUAUAACUCAUUGGAAUGCGAGAAACAUUGAAUCGAGGGACAUGAUGUAUAGUCUAACAUGCAUUUUCAUGAGGCUACCUUUUGUGAACUCUUGUGAAAGAUUCACAUGAAGGUCCUUGUUAUUUUCAAAUCCACUUGUGUUCAUUUCUGUUUCCAGAGGGAAAAUAUUACUCCAGCA